CGCCCCCGCCAUGGCCGCGGCGCCGCCGCCGCCGCUGCUGCCGGUGCUGCUGCUGCUGCUCCUGCCCGGCGGCCGCCGCGCCCUGGAAGAAACCCUGAUGGAUACGAAGUGGGUGACAUCCGAGUUGGCGUGGACGGCUCAUCCAGAGACCGGGUGGGAGGAAGUCAGUGGUUACGAUGAGGCCAUGAACCCCAUCCGAACAUACCAGGUGUGCAAUGUGCAGGAGGCCAAUCAGAACAACUGGCUUCGUACUCAGUUCAUCCAGCGCCAGGACGUCCAGCGAGUCUACGUGGAGUUGAAAUUCACUGUGCGGGACUGUAACAGCAUCCCCAACAUCCCGGGCUCCUGCAAAGAGACCUUCAAUCUCUUCUAUUACGAGUCGGAUACAGAUUCUGCCUCUGCCUCUAGCCCCUUCUGGAUGGAAAACCCCUACAUCAAAGUGGAUACAAUUGCCCCCGAUGAGAGUUUCUCCAGGCUGGAGUCUGGCCGUGUGAACACCAAGGUGCGCAGCUUUGGGCCUCUCUCCAAGAAUGGUUUUUACCUGGCCUUCCAGGACCUGGGUGCCUGUAUGUCUCUCAUCUCUGUCCGCGCUUUCUAUAAGAAAUGCUCCAACACCAUUGCUGGCUUUGCUGUUUUUCCGGAGACCUUAACUGGGGCCGAGCCCACUUCUCUGGUCAUUGCCCCUGGGACCUGCAUCCCCAAUGCAGUGGAAGUGUCUGUGCCCCUGAAGCUGUACUGUAAUGGAGAUGGGGAGUGGAUGGUACCGGUUGGAGCCUGCACAUGCGCUGCUGGAUAUGAGCCUGCCAUGAAAGAUACUCAGUGCCAAGCCUGUGGUCCUGGGACCUUCAAAUCGAAGCAAGGGGAAGGUCUCUGCUCACCCUGCCCCCCCAAUAGCCGGACGAGCUCUGGGGCAGCAACGCUUUGCACCUGUCGGAACGGCUACUUCCGGGCAGAUGCAGACUCUGCAGACAGUGCUUGCACGAGCAUCCCAUCCUCUCCUCUCAACGUCAUCUCCAACGUGAACGAGACAUCGCUGGCGCUGGAGUGGAGCGAGCCCCGGGACUCGGGGGGCCGGGACGACCUGCUGUACAACGUCAUCUGCAAGAAGUGCAGCGUGGAGCGCCGGGUGUGCACACGCUGCGACGACAACGUGGAGUUCGUGCCCCGCCAGCUCGGCCUGACGGACCGGCACAUCUACAUCAGCAACCUGAUGGCGCACACCCAGUACACCUUCGAGAUCCAGGCUGUGAACGGCGUGUCCAACAAGAGCCCCCACUCCCCACAGUUCGCCUCCGUCAACAUCACCACCAACCAGGCGGCCCCCUCGGCCGUUCCCAGAAUUCAGCUGCACGGCAGUACUGGCAGCAGCAUGAUGCUGUCGUGGACGCCCCCAGAGAGACCCAACGGGAUCAUCCUGGACUAUGAAAUCAAGUACUUUGAGAAGCAGGGCCAGAGUGACGGCAUCGCGAACACCGUCACCAGCCAGCAGAACACGGUGCGGCUGGAUGGGCUGACGGCCAACUCCAUGUAUGUAGUGCAGGUUCGGGCCCGCACUGUGGCCGGCUAUGGCCAGUACAGCCUUCCCGUGGAGUUCCAGACACCUGCAGAAGACGGCUCCAGCGGGAAGAGCUUCCAGGAGCUGCCCCUGAUCGUGGGUUCGGCCACUGCAGGCCUGGUCUUUGUCAUCGCUGUGGUGGUGAUUGCUAUUGUCUGCUUCAGGAAGCAGCGGAGCGGUACGGACUCGGAGUACACGGAGAAGCUGCAACAAUACAUCACUCCUGGGAUGAAGGUUUACAUCGACCCUUUCACCUACGAGGACCCCAACGAGGCGGUCCGGGAGUUUGCCAAAGAGAUCGACAUCUCCUGCGUCAAGAUCGAGGAGGUGAUUGGAGCAGGGGAGUUCGGGGAGGUCUGCCGGGGCCGCCUGAAGCUGCCGGGCCGGCGGGAGAUCUUUGUGGCCAUCAAGACCCUGAAAGUGGGUUACACGGAGCGACAGCGGCGGGAUUUCCUGAGCGAGGCCAGCAUCAUGGGGCAGUUUGACCAUCCCAACAUCAUCCACCUGGAGGGCGUGGUGACCAAGAGCCGGCCAGUCAUGAUCGUCACGGAGUUCAUGGAGAACUGCGCCCUGGACUCCUUCCUCCGGCUGAAUGACGGGCAGUUCACGGUGAUCCAGCUGGUGGGGAUGCUGCGCGGCAUCGCGGCCGGCAUGAAGUACCUGGCGGAGAUGAACUACGUGCACCGCGACCUGGCCGCCCGCAACAUCCUCGUCAACAGCAACCUGGUGUGCAAGGUGUCGGACUUCGGGCUCUCGCGCUUCUUGGAGGACGACCCCGCCGACCCCACCUACACCAGCUCGCUGCGUCUCUCCCCACAGGGUGGUAAGAUCCCGAUCCGGUGGACGGCUCCGGAAGCCAUCGCCUACCGCAAGUUCACCUCGGCCAGCGACGUGUGGAGUUACGGGAUCGUCAUGUGGGAGGUCAUGUCCUAUGGGGAGCGGCCCUACUGGGACAUGUCCAACCAGGAUGUGAUUAACGCUGUGGAGCAGGAUUACCGCUUGCCGCCGCCCAUGGACUGCCCCACGGCGCUGCACCAGCUCAUGCUGGACUGCUGGGUGCGUGACCGCAACCUACGGCCCAAGUUUGCACAGAUAGUGAAUACGCUGGACAAGCUCAUCCGGAACGCAGCCAGCCUGAAGGUCAUCGCCAGCGUCCACUCCGGCGUGUCUCAGCCACUCCUGGACCGCACCGUGCCGGAUUACACAACCUUCACCACCGUGGGCGACUGGCUCGACGCCAUCAAAAUGGGACGGUACAAGGAGAGCUUUGUCAACGCUGGAUUUGCAUCCUUCGACCUGGUGGCGCAGAUGACAGCGGAAGACCUGCUCAGGAUAGGGGUGACGCUCGCAGGACAUCAAAAGAAGAUCCUGAGCAGUAUUCAGGACAUGCGGCUGCAAAUGAACCAGACCCUCCCAGUUCAGGUUUGACCACAGGAAAUUCUGGGGCUGGAAUGGACUGAGGGAAUCUGUCAAUAAGAUUCUAGUUUGCGGUGCGGCCCGGCUUCCUGUUUUCCCCUUUGCGUGGAGCUUCUCGGCCUCUGACAGUCACACGGGAUGGGACGCGCCUCCGUGAAUCCAAGGCACUUGGGCCGAGAGGGAGACCAGCCUUGUGUUUGUGUUUGGAACAGAGCCGGCGAUGCAGUCUUCAUAUUGAAGACAGAUUAUCGGAUGAAGACUUCACCCCCUCUUCCUGCCCCAUCUCCGCUGCACACAGCGCCGUGGGUUCAGGAGGUGUUCCGCUUCUUGGAUUUCCUUAACCCCAAAGUCACAAACAUUCUCCUCUCGCUACGCGCCUUUUGGAGACGCUGCGGGCACUUUCCCGAGCUCGUGGCCUAGCGAGGGGGUUGUGGGGAUACAAGCAUACACAGCAGCUGCCCGACCGUGAAGGGCAUGGAGCGGGGUCCAACCUGGCCUUCUCCUGUGCAGCCCCAGACAAUCAUGUCCCCCUGCUGCCCCCAUACAGGGAUCUGCACUGGAAUGUGUCGGAAGGGGGGGUAUCGGUCCGUUUGCCUCUGGACGCCGGAACCUGACCCCAGUGAGAUUACUAUGCAGGGAGUUGGACACACCAACUCCAGAUCUCUCGUCCCUCUUUGUUUUAUGGCCGAAUCUGGACUGCGGAGAAAGGCCAUCAGCGCGAGUUUGCACAGGGACCAGGGGAGCAAAGGCAGCCUUGCUCCUGCUCAGCCAGAGUUCGGAGCGCCGUCAGGGAGGCCAGGCCGAGCUGGCUGCGGAGCCCGGCUUCUCCCCAGUCUCCUGUUUUAUGCAGAAGGAGCGGGUCUUGUCAGAGCGCGGCCAUCUCCUGACGCACGCUGUGAUUGCUGCCAAAAGACUCUCACUUCUGCUGCUUUGACUCUUCCUGGCCGCUCGGCUUGUCCCGAGCGAGGGGGGAGAGUCCCAGCGCAAGCGUGCGUGCGUGUGUGCUGGCCAGCUGGGUGAGGGCACGGGCAGAAUAAAGGCAAUAAGAAUUUUACUUGAGUUUCCUUCGCUCGCUUAGUCUCUGCCGCUGUACAGAACCCAAGAGACAUGGAGCACAAGCCCAUUCCUUCCUUUGUACAGGCGUAGUGCUCUUCCCCCCCCCCCCUUCUGGAGCACGGGGCAUGGUCCUUCCCUGCCCCCAGCCCUGUGCUCCGGCCCCUGGCUGUAAAUAUCACAGGGAGCUGGCAGAAGGGCUGGCUUCACUAGUAUAACCCCCUUCCCUGUCAAUCAGGCGUAGCUGUCCUGACACCCGAUGCCAUGAUGGUCAUACAGGGUCUUAGCCACUUCCUCAGCUGUGUCCACAAACCCACCAGCUUUUCCCCGCCCUUCCCCCUGCAAUGCUUACUAGGGAGCCUUGCCCUGUAGGAGUCCGUAAGGGCAAGGAGAAGGGUACUGUCCCCUGGCCGCAUAGGGAGUGGGGUGACCCUGCCUGAGGGCUAGCAGGAAGUGGGGCUUGGGUUUAGGGGUCACACAGGCUUGGCCAUGAAGAGCUACAUGUAGGGACUAUACGGUGCUGGUUUCUAACCCUCUCGGCCUGAACCGAACUGUGCAAAACAAACCUAGAGUCAAAGCCAGGCAUGACCAGCCGAGCGGGUGCAGGCAGUGGGCUGGGAGCAGAGCCUCUGUUACCGGUGCCAGGAGCUCUGCCUGGGCCCAACCCCAAAUUUGGAGAAACCGCCCAGGCUGGCUGGGCUUGUCUGACUUUCCUGGCUGCUGAGCCAGGCCCCGUUCUAUCCUGUCUAUUGGCCACUCUUGCUGAUAGCCCUUCUAGACAGAAAAGGAGAGAGCUGUUAGAGACCAUCUUCCCUCUUCUGCCCCCCUUUGCUCUUUGCUGGAGAACUUCAGUCCUCCAGCGUCCCAGCAUUCCCUUGGGACUACUUAGCCCGGCGUAAGGAGGGGACAACUUGGGUGGAGUGCAGCAACUAGCUACGCCCGUGACUCAGCUAUAAAAUUCAUGCCUGAUCCUUCACCACCUCUGGGUUUGGAAGGAUUCGAUGUUUAUCGGCAAAUGUCAGUGAACUUCGAUUUCAUCGCGCACACGCAGACCAGUGGAAGAAAUAUUUCCAUGGGUGAUCAUGGCAAUUUACAGAUAGAUGCUGCUUGAGAACUCAUUGGAGUUCGAUUUAAGGGUAUUGAUGGCCUGUAUUUUGACAUGUGAUGUUGACCCCUCCCCCCCCCCUCCAUAAUUUCACCCAGCUGUGAAAAUUUAAAUUGAUAAGU